UUUAACUUUCAUGACGAUCGGACGUGCGUGCGCGACGUUCUUUGAAAAAAUAAAAGACGAAAGAAAAUUAAAUCGUAACUGAAAAAUUAUUAGCCGCGAUUGAUAAAGUGUGCAAGUUAUCUAAAAGCGCGAGUGCAUUUAACAUUUUGACGUCACGGCGAGCAGUGCGAACAAAAUAAAACAAAACCAACAAAUUUAAUUUGAUUUGUGUUCUCUAAUCAAAGCUUGCGCGUGAUUUUGUUUAGCAGUCCGUUUUUAACUAACACACACACGCAGUAGGGCAAAGAGUGAACGAAGUGCGCCCGCCAAUUGCCCCCUGCGUCCCCCUCGCUUAAGUCGACAAGCAAAGUGUUGUGAAAAUGCAAACGGCAAAGGCGCCUAAUGGAGGAUAGAAGUAAAAGAAGACGUAGAAGAAGAAGCGCGAGCCAAUAGCAAACAUAACGGCAAAAGCGGCAGCGACAAGUGCAUAAAACGUGACGACCGAAAAAAGCGAGAGAUAGAGAGAGAAAGAAAAAAAGCAGUGCAAAUAAAAAUUUAGUUGCUUCGUUUUUGUGUUAUCUGUGUGUCAAAAAUAAAAAGAAAAAAGUUUUUUUGUGCUACAUGUUUUGUGUUUAACGUUAGAAUAUUAUGAUGAUGAGCGACCUCUAAAUGUGUGUGUGUGUGAAAAAUCGUAUAAACGACUACAACAACAAAAACAACAUACAUACAUAAAAAGUGACCGUAGUAACAAUCAACAACAAAUAACAUAAUUUAAAAUUUCAAGUUGAAGAGUAAAACAGAUUUUUUUUAUAUGUUGAGACGCACAGCUGCAGUUUUUUGGUUUGUUGCCUAAACACAACACCAACAACAACAAAACACUUGGACAACAACAAGAAGAACAUCAGCAGACUGCAAACUGCAAAUAACAUAUUUAAUACCAGAGACAAUGACGGAACUCCAAUUGGACAACAGCUUGACACGGGACGCUGACGUUGGCGCCGAUGUCGCAGUUGACGCCAUGGCAACAGCAGCAACAACAACAACUUCGACUGCGACUGCGACAGCGACAACAACAACGCCCAAGGCCACGGUCAAGCGUCGUCAGUUUGUGGAGGGCGAAACCGAGGAGGGAUUUCUGUCCACCUCACCGGACAGCGCCAAUGGCGAUGCACACGCACACAGCCACAGCCACCCUCACACACACCAACACCCACACACACAUGGAGCCGAGCUGCAGCCGAACUGCAACAGCGACACGAACCCGAACAAUGUCAUCAUCGUCGGCGACGCUCGUCAGCUGUUGCUUCAGGCCUUCUAUCAAUGCUCCUGUGCCGACGAAUGCGUCAAGCUGGACAACAUACUCGAUUCGUUCAAAGCUCCGCUCUCCGAAGAUCAAGCCUGGGCUCUCGUCUAUCAGUUCACCACACUCUACCACAAGGUUGCUGUCCAGGCUCAUCAUUGUUCCAGCGAGGAUUACGACGCACAGCUGCCCACGCAAUUCGAGCUUCAUUUGCAUCGCGAUGGCAGCGUCCACUUCUCUGGUAAGGAGCGUCAACAGCAGCAGCAGCAACAGGAGCAGCAACCUCAACAGAAUCAACAACAACAACAGCUGCAGAAGGAGUCGCUGCAGCAACAGCAGGAGCGAAAGCUCAAUGACAGCGCCAGCAGCAGCGGCGACAGCAGCGUCGUCAUUAAUCGUGCCUUCGACAACCACAAUCAUCACACAUCGUACCUCGUCUCUCAUAGAAAGAUUAUGAGCGAACUGGCGGAAGUUGUUUUCGCCGCUUUGGACUCCAAUCUGGCGGUGGACGAGGAAUGCCAACUGUCUCCGGAGCUGGAAAGUCUCUUUGACUUCAUGAUGGCAGAAGAGACAGACGAUGAUUGCAUUGAUGAGGGCAUCGACGAGGGCGACAAGCGCUGGGACGAUGAAACGGAGGAGGAGCGCAACAAUACCAAAGAACUGGAGCAUAUAAUCGAGACCUGCAGAAAUCACAUAAAAUCCGCUUCACCUGAGAACCAUUACAAAGCCGUUUGUCGCGCCUUGGUAACGGAAACAAUAGAACUGCGAAUUUUUCUGCAGCAAGUGCUAAACAAUGGAGGAGCUGAAAAGUUUAUCGAAGCCACAUCUCAAACAUCUCAAACGACACAGAAAGAACUGGCGAAGCUGGGCUUCAACGACUGGGCACGCUUUUGGGUGCAGGUAAUCGAUGAGCUGCGACGUGGAGUGCGACUGAAGAAGCGCAAUUACGAGCGCACGCCCAUCGAAUACGAGCUGACGCCCUACGAGAUACUCAUGGGCGACAUACGAGCCAAAAAGUAUCAAUUGCGCAAGGUGAUGGUGAAUGGAGAUAUUCCGCCUCGUGUCAAGAAGGAUGCCCAUGCGAUGAUCUUGGACUUCAUCAGGUCGAGGCCACCAUUGAAAAAGGCCGCUGAUCGUCAGUUGGGUCCGCCGUUGAAGCUGAUUCCCUCACCGCGUGAACAGUUGAUGGAAUCGAUACGCAAGGGCAAGGAACUGAAGCAAAUAACACCGCCAAAAUCGCCAAAUCUCAGGCAGAAAAUGCUUCCAAAUUCAACAAAUCCAACAUUGUCGCGCUCCAGACAGCGGCUCAUCAAAGUGGAUUUCUCCAAGUUGCAGGACGACGAGCAUUUCUUUGAUGAAUCGAGCAUAAGCAGCGCAGCUUCCACAGCCGCAGCUGCGGCUCAUCUCGCUGAGUUGCAUCGCUACUCACAGCCCAAGAUGCCACCAUAUCCCAUCGGAGGCUACAUGCUCGGCAGCCAGACGAGGCACGAUUCCCCGGCGACUCUAAUGCGACCGAGACGCACAAAAGAAGAGCUGCAAACGCAAUCACAGCAGCAGCCACCGCCUCCUCAUGCCCCGCUCCCGCAACAGCAAUCACAGCAAGAGCAACAGCAUGCACAAGCCUUGACUAAGGACGAAUAUCACAGAUUCUUCGAUAAUGCGCUGGAAUCUUAUGACCUUGCCACGCAGUGCGAGUCGCGACGCGGCUCCUCGAGACGCCACACCAUUGUGGGAUGCCAGAGCAACCUGGACGAGGCGCACUCGAUGCCCCCGACGCGUCCCGAGUCUCGUCAAUCGACGGAUGACGUCAACAACAAGGAGUUGAAGAGCACUCCAGAGAUGCCUCAGUCGCAGUCGCAAUCGCAGACUCAACCUCAACUCAGUGGCAACAACGAGGUAACAGCGUCAACGUCGCAUUCAACAUCCUCGCUUGGCCCAUGGAACAAGUCCUUCAUGGACAAACAGACCUGGAUGGAACGUGGUGAUGAUCGUCUGUCCGUCACCCUGGCCGAGAUCAUUCACAUACGUUCCGUCAUGACCAAAGCCGAGCUGGAGGGCCUGCCCAUGGACGUGCGCGUCAAGGAGGAUGUUGAAAAGCGUCGCGUCUGCUUCCUCUGCCUCCGCACACGCUUCUCCUUCCUCGGCCCCUGGGGCAUUCAGUGCAAACUCUGCCAGCGCACCGUCUGCGCCAAGUGCUACACCAAGAUGCGCAUUCCCUCGGAGCAUUUCCGCAAUGUGCCCCUCGUCUUGAUCUCACCCUCGCUGCUCUCCAGCCCCGCCAGCUCGAGCACGCCUUCGCCAUCGCAUCAUCAUGCACAUCAGGCGCAUCAGCUGCACUCCGCCUCGACGGGCAACAUCAUGGACGAUCAGUUCCCCAAGUCGCUCAUCGAGCGACUGCUGCGCUCCGAGUCAGAUCGUAAGACUCGCAGCACAGUGGGCAGCGCUCCGUCGUCGCCCAAGCACCAAAGAUCAAACAUGAGCACACCAGGGAUUAGUGUGGGACCUGGCUCAGCUGCUGCUGCUGCCGCCGCUGCUGCUGCAGCUGCAAGUGGCACUGGACAAGCCGUGGAGGCGUUACACGAUCAGGCAUCCAUGUCUGCCUCCUACUCUUCGGCCAUGCGACCGUCGGGAGUGCAACCGAAGCAGCUGCACUACAACAACGCGAUGUCCCGCAGCAUGGAAGGACCGCGGAGUCUGCCCGUGAACAGUCCGGCGUAUCGACCGCUCUCCAACAACAGCACGCUGGAGCGCAAAUCUCGUUUCUCGCGAGGAUUUGCGCUGUUCUCGUCGGGCAGCCACUUGGCGCAAUCGCAGCAGGAUCAAAAGGAGAAUCUGCGUGGAGAGCAGGUGACAGUCUGUCACGAUUGCCAGGGAUUGGUGAACGAGAUCACGAGCUCGGUGAAGCAGAAACGCAGCUCGGCUCGCAAUCGGACGAUACAGAAUCUCACGCUGGACCUGACGCCCGUCUGGAAGUAAACCAAAAGAUGGACGCCAGGAUCUGGUGGAAACUAGGAAAAACGAUAAAAUGAAAAAACAAAAGAACUAAACUAUAUACUUAAUUAUGCAUAUAUAUAUAUUGAAUGGACUGUUGUAUACAUAGCUUAGAGAGACGCAAGAAAAGAGACAGAAAUAGAGAUAGGGAUAGA